GGGGUGACGCAAUCCGCGCACAGUAUGUCCACUACGGCCUCGUAUGGUUUGUUUAGGCUGAGCACUUUAUGUAACGCGUUUUUGUUACACACCACCGCGCAGGGACACGUGUUUUAUUUGAGAUCCGUCGAUGCAGAAACGUUUGCACAUAGCAUGAUGGCAACUCUGUCAGAGACAAAGGAAGUCUUUCGGAGAGCAGAAGCUGUCUGUUUCGAUGUGGACAGCACAGUCAUCAAAGAAGAAGGCAUUGAUGAACUUGCCAAAUUUUGUGGCGUGGGAGAUGCAGUCACUGAAAUGACUCGCAAAGCAAUGGGCGGCUCAAUGACAUUUAAAACAGCCCUGACUGAACGUCUUUCCAUCAUCCGAUGUUCUAGAGAACAAGUGAACAAACUGAUAACGGACCACCCACCUCAGCUGACUCCAGGCAUCAGGGAGCUUGUGGACCGUCUGCACCAGCGCAACAUAAAGGUGUUCCUCAUCUCAGGAGGUUUCCGCUGCAUCGUUGAACACGUGGCCACUCAGCUAAACAUUCCUCUGCAUCAUGUGUAUGCUAACCGGCUCAAGUUCUACUUCAAUGGAGAGUAUGCUGGUUUUGAUGAGAGUCAGCCCACAGCGGAGAGCGGGGGAAAAGGAAAAGUCAUCAGUAUGUUGAAGGAACAAUACGGCUUCAAAACUGUGGUGAUGAUUGGAGACGGAGCCACUGAUCUAGAGGCAUGCCCUCCUGCUAAUGCGUUCAUUGGAUUCGGAGGGAACGUCACCAGGCCGCAGGUUAAGGAGAGGUCUGCGUGGUACGUGACAAGUUUCGGAGAGCUGCUAAAAGAACUGGAGAAGAUUUAAACAAGCUAAAAGAGUACUGUUACUAAUUUUACCAUUUUAUAUUUGCACCUAAGGGUGUGCCUCUGAUGGUUUUAUCCCCUGCACACUUUUCCUUCUACUCAAUAGAUUUUUAUAAUUAAUAUGUUUACACCAGUGUGACCAAUUUUACCUACAUGGGGAAGUUGCCUUGUCGAUUUUUAUAUACUAGAAAAUACUAAAAGAAUAACCAAACGGUGUUUAUGUGGAGGUUAAGAAGAAGAGUUCUCUGUUUUUUGCACUUUUUGCAUCAAAGCCUUUUAGGUAAGCUAAAACAAUUCCUACAUACUAUGACAUGUGCAAUAGAAAUGUAUUAUUUCUGUAUGCAAACUAAGCUGUAACCAGACAUGUCAAUGAGUGUUAA